AUGCACGCGAGAACAUCGGUAUUCCCCAAACAGCCAGACGUAUCUCCAGCAAGUUCUUUCAACAUGCCUACCACUCCAGCGAGUGGCAAGGAAAACAUUGGCGGCGUCGACCCAGACGCAGCCAACACUACCAAGGCCCCAAAGCCUGCUCGCCGCGGCGUAGGCCCGCGGAGUGGGACGAAAAACACCUCUCCCCGGGUUUCUAUCACCGGCUCUUCUGUUGGGCGGACCGCUGCAAAGAAGUCGUCGGCGGUGUCUCCCGCGCCAUCGAAGACGCGGCAGGCGGCGGCUAGGCCAUCGAGCAGCAUCAGCAGCAGCAGCAGCAAGAGCACGGCCACUGCCGCCACAGUACCUCGUGCUCUCGCCGCCAAGGCCUCCUCUUCGGGCCGAGGGGUAACGGUAGCAGCGUCGGCUCGGCAAGGCUCUGCUGCGGGCAAGCCCCAGGCGCAGCAGAAACAGAAGCGGUCGCGGCCGGCGGUGUUGGUGUCCUCGCCGGCGCCGCCUCGUGUAGUAUCCGAUGUGGGCGGCAGCAGCGGCGGAAGCGGUGGCGGCGGCGGCGGCGGCGGCGGCGGUGGCGGAAAGAAGAGGAAGAGCGCCAUUGUCGGGGGUGAGGGGGGAGGGAAGAAGCAGCAGCAACAGCGGGGGUCGAUGGGCAAGAAGCGGCUCAAGCCCAACAAGGAAAAAAACAGGCAGACCAAGGUUAUCAGUCACCCAGCGGCGAGGUCAAGCGCCCCGCCUCUCCGCUUACCCUCUCGAGGCCGAUCUGAUUUCGAUUUCGAUUCCGACGACUCAGCGGCGGACGACGACGACAACCGUGCGCGGAAUACCGUACCCGCAGCGGCGGCGCCGGCGAGCAGGAAGAAGGCACGGGGCGGGGGUGCUGCCGGGAACAAGGUGAAGCGAAUGCGUACAUCGUCGGGCGGCAGGCGAGAGGAGGCGGACGGUAGCAGAGCGCGACCCCUGGAGGGGCUAGCGGCAGCGAGUCCGGCCCCUGGCACCCGCGUUGCAGGCACGAAAGCGACGGCUACCACAGGUAGUCCUUCCUCUUCUCUGAAGCUGACGGCUCACCACAGCAGUACCUCGACGGCAAGGAGCGGUGGUGGCAGCAGCAGCGAGGCUAGUGCAUCAUCCUCUCGGCGGGGACCGUGGCGCCUCGGCGCUCUGUUCGCAGACUCAGACGACGACGACGACCCCGAGGGAGACGGGGACGGGGGCGGGGGUCUCGCGGGGUGCAACUGGAGGCUGUCUGACGACGAGAACGAAGGCGACGACGAGAUCGACCUGCACAAGAGGAGGAGCCCACGGCGGUCUGCGGCCGGGAGGGGGGGGGCCGUGUCUGCCAGGAAAAAAAUGCGCAGGGCGACCGGCGGCGGCGGCGGCGACAGGGGAAGCGAUGGAUGCAAUUCCGCUGGCGGCGGCGGCGACAGGGGAAGCGAUGGAUGCAAUUCCGCUGGCGGCAGUGGCGGCCGGGGGGGAGAAGGCAGUGGAGCCAAGGUGGAGCAGGCUGGUGGUUGGGCCGAUGGUAGUCUUUCGCCGUCCGUCCCGGUCGUGGACGCUACAGCUGCUGGCGGUAGCCCAGGCAAGGCUUCGACGAGCCAGCAGGGCAUCGAGGAGCAGGCGGAGCAGGCCGAGCUGGAAGCGAUUCGAGCGCAGUUCAGGAAGGUGGACUCCCACCGGCUGAGCCUGUCGCGCUAG